UAUAUCACCCCCUAGUUUGUGUGGUGAGGAGAAAUGCACUCCAUCAUGUCAUCUUCAUCAUGGAAUUCAAGAAUGCAGAAGAGUGGGAGUAGCCUCAUUUCUGGCGCUGCUGCUGUCAUAUUCUUACUCACCAUUCCCCUGCUUUUUACUGAUCUUCUUGGAUUGAGUGUUAUUCCAUUUGAUAAAUGGAGGCAGUACCUAUCAACUCCACGAACCAAUUACUGCAGCAGAGAAAUCAAGAAACAAUUACAAGAACAGGAACCAUUGUCAAGACUUGUUAGAGGGCAAGAUCUAAAGAAGCUUGAAGCCACUGGAUUUGCCUGUGAUACAUCCCCACACUCAUUUGUUUGUGUUGCAAAUCGACCCGUAAUCAUCGACACCACGACGAACAUCACUGUUUACAUUCCCACAAACCAAACUGUACAAAAAGAAACAAGUGUUAGGCCAUAUGCAUGGCAAGAUGACAAUCUCCAAUACGUCACACCUGUGAAAAUACUGCAGGGAAACAGCACAUCACGGGUUUGUCAAUACAACCACCAAAUUCCAGCGGUCAUCUUCUCGUCUGCUUUCAUAGGAAACCUGUUUCAUGAAUUCGACGACCUUAUCAUCCCUUUGUUCAUUACCAUCAGACAUUUCAAAUCCAGAGUGCUUCUGAUCAUGGAGGAUCACAAUCCCUGGUUCAUCAGCAAGUAUAGCAAGAUCAUGUCCCAAUUAUCGGGUUACCAGGUGAUGAACCCGGCUACUAAUAGAAGCAUACAUUGCUUUCCAGGUUCAGUGGUUGGGCUGAAAUACCAUGACAACCUGUUUUUGAAUUGUAGUGACAUUCCGGGAGGGUACUCGAUGUCUGAUUUCAGGCAGUUUCUUGUAGAAACAUACAACCUCAAAUUCUGGCAUGUUUCCCAGAUUAGAAACCCGACGUUGAUUCUUGUGUCCAGAGAGAAAACCAGGAGGUUUCUGAAUGAAGAUGAGAUUGUUGGUAUGAUGAAAGAAGUGGGGUUCAGGGUGGUGGUUGUUAGAACGCAAGAAUUAUCAGAUCUGGACAAGAUUUCCAAAGUAGUUAACUCAUGCAGCGUUCUGGUGGGAGUUCACGGGGCCGGCCUUACGAACGAGCUGUUCUUGCCUACUGGAGCUGUGAUGGUGCAAGUGGAGGCACUUGGACUUGAAUGGGCAUCGGCCACGUAUUUUGGCGGCCCGACGGAGACGAUGGGCCUGCAUUACCUAAGGUACAAGAUCAUGCCGGAGGAGAGCUCGCUUGUGGGAUUCUAUGGACGGAAUCAUCCGGUCAUCGUGGACCCGGCGUCGGUCUUUGCACAGGGCUACAGGGCUGCCAGGGCUGUGUAUGUCGACCAGCAGGAUGUGAGGGUGAAUGUUGAAAAGUUCAGGGAGACGAUAGUUCAGGCUCUCCAACUAGUUGGAAAUUCGUGUUCUGCAGGCGAAGUAUGAUUUGUGUAAAUUGUACAUAGUUUAAGAGUCCAUUUUAAGGAAAGAUUAAAGCCCGUCUAUUUUGUGUAUAGAAUAAUUGGGUGGUAGGAUAAAUUCAAAAUUAAAUUAAUGAUAAGAAAAGUUUGAAAUUAAUAUUAAGUCGUUCAUUUAGUCGUA